UGGAUACCCUGAGGCUUUUCAUCACGGAAGUAAAUACCGUCUCGUGAUCUGGGUUGUAAAUAAACGAAGUGAAACAAACUUUUAAUUUAUAUCUUGGUCUGGUGGAGAUGUCGACAAACAAUGAUUACGAUUCCACUUUUAAAAUCCUAGUCUUGGGGGACAGUGGCGUAGGAAAAACAUGUCUAAUCUAUCGUUACACCGAAGGAAUAUAUUCUGAUGUUUAUGUUUCCACCAUAGGUAUUGAUUGCCGUACUACAAUGCUAAAUGUUGAUGACUUGAAAGUUAGGAUGCAAAUUUGGGAUACUGCUGGCCAAGAGAGGUUCCGAACAUUGACAAGUGCUUACUACAGAGGAGCAAUGGGCGUACUUCUUGUUUAUGAUGUAACAGCUGAAGAAUCCUUCAGUCAUGUCAAUUCUUGGUUAAGGAACAUUGAUGAUAAUGCAAGUUCAGAUGUGUGCAAAGUGCUAGUUGGUAACAAGGCUGAUCUUAAUGACAAAAGAGUGAUAUCAAAAGAAAGAGGGGAAAUGGUUGCACAGAAUAAUAAUUUAAAGUUUUUUGAGACCAGUGCAAAAACUGACAUGGGAGUCAAAGAGGCAUUCAAAAGUCUAGCACAUUUGAUCAAAGAUCUUAAAGAUAGCAAGGAGGCAAGUCUUCCAGAUGAAAUGAACAAUUCUCUGCGUAUGCCAAAUCCUGAACCAAGCAGUUGUUGUUGAUCAUAACUUUGGCUAUUUAUGAAAUAAAAGAAUUGUUUGACACACAUAUUGUAAAAUGCGGAUAUUCUAAUCAUGUGAAUGAGUUCUUUCAUUGCAAGCAGAUCGUGAUCAGAACUAAAGUUGUAAAUAAUAGAACUUAAUUAAAAUA